UGGCCAACUACCUGCCCGACCAGGUAGAUUCCGCCAAUGGUUGUAAUCCGGUUGAUGCGAAGAGAACAGGAAACUAUCCAAAGCUGAAAGCGGACACGUCUGUAGCUGCAACGCCAUAUUGGUUGUCAUUUAUUGAUGCUUCGAUCUGUUUGUUUGUGUUCUGUGUUAAAGAUAUCUCAUAUCUAUGGAUUUUAUCGUUUAAAUUAGAUUAUUGGCUGUUAGAGAUGACGACUCCGAUUUGUAGGUGUCGUGUCCUGUACUUGGGAUCGGCUGUACCCCAUAUUACUAAAGAUGGUUUACAAGGAAUACAGGAGCCACUACGGGAUCUGUAUCCGGAACAGGGGUCAUUUUCUGCCAAAGGAAUUGAUUCUUGGCUUAGUGUAUGGAGCAAUGGAAUACUUUUGGAGAAUGUGGAUGAAUCUAUGAGGCAAGUAACUCGAUUUUUUAAUAUUGAGACUUUGCAUUAUUGUGCCGCUAUUAGAUAUGUUGUCGUACCUGGUAAUAAUGGAGAAAGAGUUGAGAAGUUUCUUCCUUUGGACAGCCCAUUUGCCAGGUAUGCGGAUCCGAGUCAUCCACCUCUUUUUGCGUGCAUACUCAGGCGUACUACUGGAAUUAAAGUUUUAGAAUGUCAUGCUUUUAUUUGUAAAAAAGAAGCCGCCGCUAACGCUCUUGUACGCUGCUGUUUUCAUUCAUAUGCUGAUAGCAUGCAAGCCAAACAAAUGGAUGAAAAUCCUUAUUUCAUGGAAAAUAGAAGAUCUCAAUCUCUUUCCGGAUUGAAUACUUUAGAAAAGGUUGAGGUUUGGCGCUCAAAAGGAGAGGGGUCUACCAUACCCAAUGGAAAUCAAAAACAAAUCACUAAUGGAAUAAAACCUAAUGUUCCACCAAGAAAUGGGAAUAUUAGUCAAGAGGAUGAUAAUUACAAAAUAUGGACUGGUAUUGCUCCCACAGAGCGAGAAUUGUUGUAUGUGGAUUCAAUGGGUACUAUGAGGAGUAUGAAGUCAGCAUCGGGGACUCUGAGGUCGGCUCAAGCAAAAAUUCGUCAAAUGGCUGGAGGCAUUCCUCGACCUCCUCCUCCCCCAUCACCGAGUCUUUUCAAUGGUAAAGAUUACAAAAAUGGAAAGAUGCCCAAACCAUCGAAGUCAAAAAGUAAGAAAAAACAGAAAGAACAACAGAUAAUAAUGAAUGGCAAUGGAAGAAUGAUGAAUGGUAUGCGGCCUGUUUCUGUAAUGGGACAUUAUGGAUCUGUACCGGCUCCACCCCCACAAAUACCGUAUAGAAAUGCAGGAUAUUAUACAGAACGUAGAAUGCCCAGGAGUACUCGCAUGCCUUUGCCAGGACAUGAAGAGCCAAUUUAUAUUUCGAGCAGGCCACUCAGUCCAGUGUCAACAUACCAACCAGCUGCUUUUCCAUAUGAACAAUACUUUAUGCAAUAUGGAACAGCACCUAGAAAUAUGCAAUUUAGGGAAGCCUACGCAAGGAAUGGGGAAGGACGUCAUUCGAAACAAGUGUCGCAACAACAACACUAUUAUCAACCCCAAUCAUUCCAUCCUCCACCCCCGCCUGAAAAAUCUUCUUUUGUUGUGGAUAGCUCAGAAUUAGGAAACGACAAGGAUAGUUCGGGAGAAAAGGAUCAGGAUGAUUCUCCUUUUAACACCGGGAUUUACAAAAAGAAAGGACAUUUAAAUGAAAGAGCUUUUUCUUAUUCUAUAAGGCAAGAGCACCGUUCCAGAUCAAAUAGUUUGGCCAGUCUCCAGUUUUUUGCCAAUGACUCUUUAACAAAUGAUGGGGAUGGUCCGGAAAGAUCUAGGGAUGAGGAUAGAAAAGAGAGAGAGCUCGCUCAAUUGGUCAGUGGAUUAGAUUUAAAGGAUAAUGGUAUGCCUGGAACAACAUCCAGUCGUAAGGGAGAAUCAAAUUUUAUCAAGAAAAAAUCAGCUGCUUAUCAUAGAUAAAAUAUGAAAUGAUUAUCGCCACUUAGGAAAGAAUUGAAAAUACCUGCUCGAAGUAUAACUUGGUGCCUUGCCAUAAUUUUAACUACAAAAUGCCAAGAAAAUCAACUAUAGAGCUAUUCUUUAGAAAAAAAUGGAAACAGCAUUCACUUCCUGUACUUAUUUUUAAAAAAAAAUUUCUUUAGUUGAAAAUGAGUUUCUUUAUACUUUUAAUACGGCUACUUGUAAUUCCUAAUCAACUGAUAUAGACUUCAAACACUCUUGUAUAGAAACUGUGAACUAGAGUUAAAUAGACUUCAAAGUAUAUAGUUUUGACAAUUACGUGUGACUGUUUUGUAAAACUUUCCUGAAACAAGUGUUACUUUUUUCUAAAGGAAAUUAUUUUUUUCACUUGUGCAAGUCAUUAUUUGUUUUUGAUGAAUAUUAGUCCCAUAUUAUUUAAUGUUUAAGUUUGUGGAAUAAGUGUACAUUUCUUUUCUAAUUCCACAAUAUUGCUGUUUGAUAUUUUUGUUUGUUCAGAACGGGUAAAUACGCUCAAGAAUUUAACUUUAAACUGGUGAAUGCUGGCAAAAUAUAUAUAAAAGAUUUUUUUUCUUCAAAAAAUAACUAACACUUUGUAAUAUAUCGUGUAAAAUGUGAAGUUUAUGUUGAAAUUAUAUUUGUAAUUUACUUUAAAUUGCCUAAUAUAUUUUAUUUGCUGUUGAUAAAGUUCAUUAUAAUAUUA